UGUAUAUUAAGUAUUAUUUUGAUUUGGGAUGAGUUAGAAAGGUAUGAAAUCUAUUCCAUAUGUCUACGUAUUAAAGAAAAAAGUCAUGGUCAAUUUCACUUUUAAAUGGACUUCCUAAUUAAGCUACAAAAAAAGAAUUACCUAAUUUUUAUUAAUGCAUACAAUAAGAGUUCGAUCGGUAACAACAACUGCGGUCCAGUCUUAAUAGUAACAAAAACAUAUAUAUAAUUUUUUGUUACUAUUGUACAGUUUGUAACUUGUAAUAUUCGAAGCUUAAGUAUUUUUCUAAGUUUGGAUAAAUUUCUUAAACUAAGGACCAAUCGCAUCUAUAAAAAAAACAUUCAAGCAUUUCCUAAUUUGCAAUGGUCAAAAUGAUACAAAAAUUUAUAUAUCUAUAUAUUAGUUAAUCUUUCAUUAUUAUGUUAAGUUUUUUUUUCUCUAAUCGAAAACCAAAAUAGUAUAUUUGAAAUAGAAAACGACGUUUUUUAUGGAAUAGCAAAAAUAUUAAAAUAAUCGUAUAUAUAGUAGAUAAUAUUUUCCAUUUGAAAACUAUGAAUUACCAAAUUAAAAGUGAUGUCGAACUUAAAUGAUGCUAAGUAAAUAAAUAAACAUAUGAAUUGGGUAACACAAUGUGUAUAUAUCAAAUAUGCUUUUUUAUCAUAAAUACUUAUCCAUUACGUCGGAUUGUACCACUCUAAAACUUUUAUAUAAAUUUUUGACUCCACUAUUACGAACUUACUCACGAAGAUCUACUUCUAACAGUUUUACUUACACAUUAAGAUUUUUUGUAAGUUUUUCUCUACUAAAAUCUGCAUAAUUUUUUUUUUUUUGUGUGUGGGGGAGGGGGUAACAUGAAAACAUUAAUGCAACUCAGUAAAAUCAUCGGACUACGGGCUUCCACGGUUGGGCUGCAAUAUCAGGACAUGCUUUUCCUCAUACUAUCUUCGAUCAUUGGGACAUGUUGACUUCGGAUCCUAUGGAAAAUGGUUCUCAGGCUAUUGUAGCAGAUAUCAGGAAGCGUAAAGGCUUGAAGCUACAAGUCACUCCACUCUCCGACUUGGAAGACAAGCUAUAAAAGGGAGCGAAAAUUUGAACUUUCUUUUAUGGGCUCCGUCCAUUGGGCCUUCUUAUAGAACUCAUCGGGCCAAAUCUAUGGAAAAAUUACAGUUUUCUCUUCUCUUAUAGGCCCGAGUUUGUUUUUAUUUUCCUUUUUUCUGUACACUCGGUUUUUUUCCUUUUGGUGAGUGUAAUCUUUUUUUUCAGACAAGUUGUAACUCAAGUGUUGUGUUGUUCUGUAAUUGGUCGCGAUUGUGCACAUUGGGGGUUCGAUAAAAUGUCUAAACCAUUACUCUACAGAAGAUGUUUGUUUUUUUCCGGUAUGAUUCAGUUUCUGAGCAAGAGUAUAUAUUAGGCCCUAGUAUAUAUGGAGGAGUGAAAAUCUAAACUAAUGGGCCGACUUAUAGAUAGCUCUUCGGGCCCAAUUUAUGGUGUAUUACAUCUUUUAUUGGCUCGGUCCAUUGGGCUGGAUUCUACAUAACACGACGGGCCCGAGUUUUGUAUUUAUUAUUCUUUUUGGCGUGUGUAAUAGCUUUUCAGACAAGUUGCAACUAAAGUGUCGUGCUGUUCUGUGUUUGGGAGUAUGCACACAACAUGUUCGAUAUAAUGCCAAAACCAUUACAGUACAGAAGAUGUUUGGUUUCUUCCUGUCUGAACCACUUUCUGAAGAAGAGUGUAUUUAGAGAAAGUGAAAACUUGAGGCUGUUUCCUGUACAGGUGAGGCACAAGUCGGGUGGAGGAUUUAGACCGAAGAAGAAAGUAUACCACAGAGUUCACGAGCUUGACAAAGCCAUAGACCUGAAGAAGAAACCAUCUCUCAUACUUCAACUCAAGUCAAUGAUCCAAUCCCAGAAACAUGGAAAGGUUCUUCUAAGGGACCUCGAGAAGCACGUUGGGUUCGUUCACAAAUGGAACUUAAUGGCUGCCAUUGAGAAGUACCCUUCGAUAUUCCACGUUGGAGGUGGAAACAGAGAGCCUCCUUGUGUUAUGCUAACCGAGAAAGCUCAGAAGAUUGCAGAUGAGGAACGUGAAGCUACAGAGUCAAUGGAGCCUCUUCUUGUCAACAAUCUCAGGAAGUUGCUGAUGAUGUCUGUUGAUUGUCGAGUGCCUCUGGAGAAAGUUGAGUUCAUUCAAUCCGCAAUGGGUUUGCCUCAGGACUUUAAGAGUAACUUGAUCCCCAAGUAUCCUGAUUUUUUCUCUUUGAAGGUUGUUAAUGGGAAAGUUCAUCUCGUGUUAGAGAACUGGGACUCUUCACUAGCAAUCACCGCACGUGAAGAGAGGCUAUCACGUGUUCUUGAUCGAAGUGAGAACAGAAAGAAGGUUAGGAUCACAAAGGAUGGUAACUUCUUAGGCCCAAACGCGUUCAAGGUUUCGUUUCCUCCUGGCUUUAGACCAAACGCGAGCUAUCUAGAGGAGUUUGAGAAGUGGCAGAAGAUGGAGUUUCCAUCUCCUUACCUUAACGCCAGAAGGUUUGAUUCUGCAGAUCCUAAAGCUAGGAAACGAGUUGUGGCCGUGCUUCACGAGCUGCUCAGUUUAACAAUGGAGAAGAGAGUGACGUGCUCUCAGUUGGACGCAUUUCACUCUGAGUAUUUGCUUCCUUCGAGACUAAUACUCUGCUUGAUAAAGCAUCAAGGGAUCUUCUACAUUACUAACAAAGGUGCAAGGGGUACAGUGUUUCUCAAAGAAGCUUAUGAUGGUUCUGGUUUGAUCGAGAAGUGUCCUUUGUUAUUGUUCCAAGAGAGAUUUGUUUCACUCUGUGGUCGGAGAGAAGUGAGUGUGUGUAAUGAUCAAUUGCAGUCUUCAAGUGUUAUCUCCUAAUGUUACAUUUAACCAGAGAGACAUAAGAUUUAGUCUAAAGGGCUCUGAAAAUUAGAAGCAGUGAUGUGGUGGUGGUGGCUGAGGUAGAAAUAUUUCUUGCUGGUCAUAAUAUAUUAAAUUUUAUAUUAAAACUUGAUAAUAUAUGAUACUUUUACAAAAAUGUUUUUUCUAAUAAAUUAAUGGGCCAUACGAAAACAUAAACAUAAAUUAGUGGGGUCAAAUACCAAAAUAUAACAAAAGAUUAAAAUACUUUUAGAAAAAUAUACACUAAAAAAAUUUCUCCAAAUUUAUAUGGGUAUGUGACCUCACAAGUCCUUUGCCUCAACUCUUGGUUUGAUUUAUCAUUUUCUUGUAUUUUUUUUGUUUAAACCCUUUGAAUAUAUGAAAAAGUCUAGACUAAUCCAAUCUAAACUAUACUAAAAGGAGAAUAACAAGCCUUAUGAGCUAUGCCACCUAGGAUCUGAAAAUCAGCCAGUAAUAUUGCAUCAAUCAUCCAUGUCAUUUUUGUUUAAUAUUGAUUUGGGCUUCGUGUUUUGUUUUGGGCUUCUUACAUUUUCUUAGUUUGUUUAGGGCUUCUUCUCUUAGCUUUGUCGACUCAUUCUCUCUUUUUUUUUUGGGUGAUUCUACCGUUCUUCUCUUACCUUUAGACUUCCACAUCCUCCUUUGCUCUUCUCUCCAAAUCCGUUUGAACUCAUACUUUCACCACUAACUGCUCUAAUCAAACUUUGCUUGAGCUCAUUCAAUGGAUUAUUUUCAUCUUUCUUUCAGUUAUUCUGGCGACAACUCUACAAAGUUAAUAAUCAAAUGUUUACCCCUAUUGUUUCAGAUCUCCUCCAUAACGUACCUUCUUAUCUCUCUCUCACGGGAAAACGAAGAUGAUGGAGUCCAAGUCUCCGGUCUGCAACACUUGCGGAGAGGAGACUGGUGUGGAAUCAAACGGAGAGUUCUUCGUUGCUUGCCAUGAGUGUAGUUUCCCGAUCUGCAAAGCUUGUGUUGAGUAUGAAUUCAAAGAAGGUUGAAGAAUCUGCUUGCGUUGCGGCAAGCCUUACGAUGAGAAUGUGCUUGAUGAUGUUGAGACAAAGACAUCUAAACACCAAUCCACUGUUGCAACACACAUCAGUAACACUCCUCAGGAUUCUGGAAUUCAUGCUAGACAUAUAAGUACAGUCUCCACAAUAGACAGUGUUAAGAACUAAUAUCUAAAAGUUUAAAAUUUUGAUGAGUUUAAUUAGUUUUAAAAGCUAACUAAUGGAAUUUUGAUUUGUUGUUGAAGAACUCAACGAUGAAUACAGAAAUCCUAUAUGGAAGAACAGAGUUGAUAGCUGGAAAGACAAGAAGAGUAAGAAGAAGAAGAAACAUGCAAAGGCAACAAAAGCUGAAGACCCUGAUGCUCAGGUUCCUCCCCAACAGCACAUGGAAGAUAUAUCACUGAACGCAGAGACUGCUUCUGCUACAGAUGUGCUUUCUGUUGUGAUUCCUAUCCCAAGGACAAAAAUUACUUCAUACAGAAUCGUUAUCAUCAUGCGUUUAACCAUCUUGGCUUUGUUUUUCCACUACCGUAUCACCCAUCCAGUGGACAGUGCUUACGUUCUAUUGCUAACAUCUGUGAUAUGUGAGAUCUGGUUUGCUUUCUCGUGGGUGUUGGAUCAGUUUCCUAAAUGGUCUCCUAUCAACAGAACGUAGAGCCAUGAAAAGAUUAUGAAGAGUUCAAGAUCAGAAUGUGGUGCAUUGGCUGCGUCGAUGAAGAAAUCAGUAAAACAAGAUUUUUUAGAAGACUAUGGAAAGUCCGGUAAAGCUGUUGGAACAUCCACACCUGACAGGUGUUAUAUAUUUGGAGAGGAGGCAGGCAUUUUUGGCUUUGACCAAAGCUUCUCCCGGCAUAUCAGCCAAUGGUAGCUUAGGUACUGGUUCGUCCAAACUUUUGGUCUUAAGCACAAAAUCAUUAGACGUUCAUAGAGUCUAAUGAGAGCUCAAUGGACCUUUUAGGCAUUCUAACUUUUAAUCUUUAGUGCAUUCAAAGAUGGUGUUGUAGUUUUAGAUACACAAGCAAUUUUUUCAUGGAAAGGCUAUCAAGGCUCUUUAUUUUUUUUUCUUCUGCAUUUUAAGUGAUGACACUUUAGUCAAUACAUAUUUUUAUCGAUUGGAAAAUUGAGAAGUUGAAAGUAAGUUAAUAUGUUUUGGCACCAUUAAUUUUU